AUGGAAGAAUCAUCCCGUCCCAGGAAGCGCGGACGUCCAGCCAACACUGAGGUUCCAUCACAAGCACAACCCGAACCUAAACCUUCUCAAACACAGAAAGCUAAGAGGAAGCGCGGGCCAUCGCCGAUAUCACAACCCAAUAAUGAUAGGGAUGAAGGAGAUGAGGACCAGGGGAAACUACCUACUGAUCGAAAAAAACGCGGCCGUCCUCGAUCUUCACUAACGAAUGACGAGACUGAGGCUCAAGAACAUAGUGUAACAAAUAUCAGGGAUGAAAAUGCACCUCGAAGUAAGCGGGGUCGGCCACCAAAAGGAUUGGAGGUAACUAAGGGCAACGAAAUCGAAGAUGACGAGGCCGAUGAUGAGAAUGAAGGUAAUUCGAGCCUUCUUCGGCGGAGUGGACGCAUUCGACGAUCUCCAGAGUCAUCAAUUAGAGGAGCCCAAAAGGUAGCGAAGCCAGCCAAUGAGGAGGGGUUAGGCAAUCAAAUAACUAAUAAACGCCAAAAGAAAGGACGCCCUCCUAUAAAUGAACGAACCACGACCGAAGCAGAACAGGGCCCUACUCCCCUACAUAAGAAGAAGCGAGGCCGACCUUCUCUCAGUAUUCAACCCCCAGCAGAGGCCGACCCUGAACCCCAAAAUCGGCCGAAGAAACGUGGCCGUCAACCACCACCUGACGAGAACGCUUCAUCAUCUAAAAAAGGAAAAGGAAAGAAAUCCCAAGGCCAGCCAACACAAGGCCAAGAUGUUUCUAUAGAAGAAGAGAAUCGCCCAAGAAAACAGAAACCCCGCCAGUCUAAUAAGACAUCACCAAAUUCAGGGAGACGCAGGCCAUCUCCCGAUGAACAAGACCGUUCAUCAUCACCUGAUUCAGCUACCUCUCCACCCCGUUACCGACACCUUACAACGCGCACACGCCGUGUUCCUCUCAACAUUAUCGAGUCUAAAUGGACAGCCCUCGAGCAACCAGCUCUUUCCAGCGUAGCUUCGCUCCUCCAGUCAGCAUCGCGGCCUGUGCUUCUACGUCUCAGCAACCCUCAGCGGCACGGGCACGCCGCUGCAGCUCUUAAUACCGUAAGCAAACGGCUUUGUUCCAAGAUAGCGCGAGGCCUACCAUUCCCACCAGCUACCACGUCGACUCGGCGUGAGGAGGAAUUCGAAUUCGAGCGCACCGUCUCGGGUAUCCAGACCCUUGAGUCCCAGCUCGAUCCGCUACUUCACAGUGUUGAGCUGUUGCGUCGCGAGAAGGAACGCGCUGAGAAGGAGCUUGACCGCGAGUAUAAGGCGCUCGCCCAGCUCAGUUCCAAUGCCCACGCCGAGGCUAGGGAGAGAAGGGAUCAGAUGCGGAAGAUGCACGUGCUAGUACCGGAAAAGCCACCGCCUGAGUUGAGGGUUGACUCCGUCGGAGAGGUUGUACCUACAGAGAAUAUCAGUGGUAAAGUAUUCACUGAUCUAGACGACGAGCUAGCUGAUCUGGCCGGCCAGAUCGCGAACCAUAUGGAAAGCAUGCGAGGGAACUUACAACAGAUCGAUGGGGUUGUGCCCGCCAUCACGAAGAGCCAGGGUCUACUAAGGGCUGCGCUACAGUCACGGUUAGAUUGUGAGCAGUUGGAUAAUAUCAUACUUGGCUAG